AUGGCCUUCGCGGAUUCUUCCAUCCGCACCAGUGGUGCGUCGGUUCAGUCGCGACUUACCUACCAUCUGAACCAAACACCUUGCCGCCGCCACUCUCUCCCACCCAGCCGUCGCCUCUCCUCCCAUCCCUAUAUCCUCUCCCUUACUCCGCCCCGUCGCCUCUCCCUCUCACCCGUCGUCGCCGCUCCCUCCCAUCCCGCCAUCGCCCCUCUCUCGCUCCCAGCCGCGGUCGCCUCUCCCUCCUCCCCGCGGUCGCCUCUCCCUCCUCCCCGCGGUCGCCUCUCCCUCCUCCUCGCCGUCGCCUCUCCCUCCUCCCCGCGGUCGCCUCUCCCUCCUCCCCGCCGUCGCCUCUCCCUCCUCCCCGCCGUCGCCUCUCCCUCCUCCCCGCCGUCGCCUCUCCCUCCUCUCCGCCGUCGCCUCUCCCUCCUCUCCGCCGUCGCCUCUCCCUCCUCCCCGCCGUCGCCUCUCCUUCCCUCCCCGCCGUCGCCUCCGGCGACAGGUGCACGAGCGCAAGCGCGGGUUGGUGCACCAGCGCGGGUUGUUUUCUGA